UGGGUGCACGGGCCACCUUGGACCAAGUCGGUAACGGCAGGGAAGAGUCGUCCGCCGGCACUUCAUCACCACCUUUUUCGCGGUCUCUGUGCCUACACCUCGCUCAAUUACCUCCCUCGACAUAUCACAAUGGCUUCCGGUUAUGGAAACAACGGCGGUCGCUCCCGCUGCUACCCCUUCUGGCAAGAGGUCCUUGGUUGCUACGUGGUGAACUCUGGCGAGGGUGAAAGCGGCAAGAAGAAGUGUGUGCCCGCCCUCGAAGAUUACCACGAGUGCCUUCACCACCGGAAAGAGGCUCUCCGCACUAUGAAGAUGCAAGCUGCCUACCGAAAGGCCGAGGCCGCGCACCCGCGAGAGAACGCCCCCAAGGCUGAGCAAAUCCGCAGCCUGGGUCUACUUGGGAAGGAAGAAGAGGCAGCCAAUGUGCUUGCUCAGCGGUAA